AUGAACCCGCGGCGCUGGGUAGCAUGGUUGUGCAGCAGGCUGCCACGAACCUAUGGCCUCGCCGGUUUCGUGGUAUGUUGCGUGCUUCCCUGCAGGUGCCUGGAGGGUCCCAAGGAGUCCAAAGAUGACUCGCAGCUGAAGGACUUGGGGAAACGUCAGGUCCUGCUGCUAGGCCUGGAUGGUGCUGGAAAAAGCGCCUUCCUCUGGCUCUGUGAAAAUCCCAUCACUGCCACGCUGCCGGCAGAACAGCUGCCGGCCACGCAAGGGGCCAAGCGACUCACUCGCAAGGUUCCCAUUGCAAGAGGCGUGGUGGACCUGGAUCUUUGCGAAGUCGGCGGCUCGGAAAGUCUCCGCAGCUUCUGGCCGCAUUACAUGACCAGAGAGGUCAGGCGCAUCGUCUUCUUCGUUGAUUGCAGAGACAGCCGCCUACAGGAGAUCGCCGAUGCGAUCGUUGCUGUGCCGCAGAAGCAGUUGCUGCUUGUGGCCAGGGCGGCUGCGGGAGAGGAGGCUGCGGCCCGGGAAAUGCUGGCGCGGCUUCAGAAGCUCUUGGGGAAGGCACCGCCAGUUCUUUGGUGGACCUUCUCGCGGAGCUCCACGGAUGCGCUGCUGAAGGACUGGCAGAACCUGGCAGUCCUAGUCUCAAACCAUCUCCAGCUCCAUAGACCAGGCCUCCCAAGCUCCAGCAGCCGAGGUCCCAUGGCUGUUCACAGCAAGAUGUCGUGGCGCCGCUGCGCUGCAACCGUGACGUUGGGAGCAAUGGGCCUUGGUUUUGUGGCACCACAGGCACCCAGCUCCUCUGUGAGCCGCGUGACCAGCGCUUCCAGUGCCUCCUCGAGCGCCCCGAGUGCGACGCCAAAUGUCAGCGCACCCGGUGCCGCCGUCGUCGCCGCAGGGGUCAUGUCGCUGGGUGCUGCCCGCGGCCGCCGCAGCGCCAAGAAGUCCGUGGUGUCGCUGCGGGCCCGGGGUGGUCAAGAAGACACCCGCGUCUGCAUUCCUUUGGAGGAGCUGCGCAACACGGACGUGGAGAAGGUGGGUGGAAAGAGUGCUUCCCUGGGUGAGAUGAUCUCCCAACUCUCCGAUGUGGGUGUGCCAGUGCCAGGUGGAUUUAGCACUACGGCCUUCGCGUACAAGGAGUUCCUGGACAAAGGUGGAAUCAACGCCUACAUCAACGACCAGCUUUCAGACGAGUCUAUUUAUGAGGACGUGGACAAGCUCAUGAAGGUCGGCAAGGCGAUUCGUGACAAGAUCAUGGACACUCCUUUCCAGAAAGAUUUUGAGGAGGAACUGAAGGCCCAGUGGCAGCGCGUCUCGGGCGGCGACGAGAAGUUCACCUUCGCGGUGAGGAGCUCUGCGACGGCGGAGGAUCUGCCGGACGCGUCCUUCGCGGGGCAGCAGGAGACCUUUCUGAACGUCAUGGGCUACGAGGAUAUGAAGGAGAAGGUGCACCUGGUGUUUGCCUCCCUCUUCACCGAUCGCGCCAUCUCCUAUCGCCACGACAGAGGUUUCGAACACGAGAAGGUCCAGCUCUGCGCGACCUGCCAAAAGAUGGUGCGCAGCGAGACUGGCUCAGCAGGAGUGAUGUUCUCCCUAGACACGGAGAGCGGCUUCAAAGACGUGGUCUUUGUGACCUCGGCCUAUGGCCUGGGCGAGACCGUGGUGGGUGGCACGGUGAACCCCGAUGAGUGGUACGUCUUCAAGCCGACCUUGGCGGAGGGCAAGAACUCCAUCAUCUCCCGGACCAUGGGGUCCAAGUUGGUGAAAAUGGUCUACAAGGCCGGAGGCGGCUCCGAAACGGUGGACACCAGCGAGGAGGAGCAGAACAGUUGGUCGGCCUCAGAUCAAGAGGUGAAGGAUCUGGCCGAGAUGGCGGUGAAGAUCGAGAAGCACUACGGCCGCCCCAUGGACAUCGAGUGGGCCCGGGAUGGCGACGAUGGCAAGCUGUACAUCGUGCAGGCGCGACCUGAGACGGUGGCCUCACAGAAAAAGGUCGGUGUCAUCGAGGAGUACAAGAUGUUGGAGAAAGGUGGCGAGACCGUGGCCGAGGGUCGCGCCGUUGGCAAGCGCAUUGGUAGUGGUGAGGUGAACAUCUUGACCAGCAUCGAUCAGAUGGGCGAGUUCGAGCAGGGUCAAGUGCUGGUGGCUGACAUGACGGAUCCAGAUUGGGAGCCGAUCAUGAAGAAGGCUGGUGCCAUCAUCACCAACCGCGGUGGCCGUACCUGCCACGCCGCCAUCAUUGCGCGCGAGUUGGGCAUCCCGGCCAUCGUGGGAUGUGGCGAUGCCACCGACAAGGUGAAGAAAGGUGACAAAGUUACAGUGUCAUGCGCAGAGGGUGACACUGGUUUCAUCUACAAGGGCGAGUUGAAGUUUGAGAAGAAGGUCCAGGAUCUGGGAGAGCUACCUGAGGUCGGCCUCAAGAUCAUGAUGAACGUCGGCAACCCGGAGACCGCCUUCUCCUUCGGUCAGUUGCCCAACGAAGGAAUCGGCUUGGCGCGCUUGGAGUUCGUCAUCAACAAUGCCAUCGGCGUUCACCCCAAGGCGCUGCUGAACUACGACACCUUGGAUGGCGAGACCAAGGAGCUGGUGGAUGAACGCAUGAAGGGCUACAAAGAUCCCAAGGACUUCUACGUGAAGAAGAUCGCAGAGGGCGUGGCCACCUUGGCAGCUUCGGUGUAUCCCAAGCGCAUCAUCGUGCGAUUGUCCGACUUCAAGUCCAACGAGUACAAGAGCUUGAUUGGUGGCGAGCAGUACGAGCCCGAUGAGGAGAAUCCCAUGAUCGGUUUCCGCGGCUGCGGACGUUACACGGAUCCCUUCUUCGAGGAAUGCUUCGCCAUGGAGUUGGAGGCUGUGAAGAUGGUCCGUGGAGAGAUGGGUCUGAAGAAUGUGGAGAUCAUGAUUCCCUUCGUCCGCACCCUGGAGAUGGCCAAGGACGUCAAUGAAGUGCUGGAGAAGAACGGUCUGAAGCGAGGUGAAGAUGGGCUCAAGGUGAACAUGAUGGCAGAACUACCCAGCAACGUGUUUUUGGCGGAGGAGUUCCUGGAGUACUUUGAUGGCUUCUCCAUUGGGAGCAACGACCUCACGCAGCUCACCUUGGGCUUGGACCGUGACUCAGGGCUGGUAGCCCAGUACUUCGAUGAGCGAAACCCUGCAGUGAUGAAGGGCUUGGAGACGUUGAUCAAGGCGGCAAAGGCCAAGGGCAAGUACGUGGGCAUCUGCGGCCAGGGUCCCUCGGAUCACCCGGACCUGGCGAAGUGGCUCAUGGAGCAGGGCAUCGACUCCGUGUCGUUGAACCCCGACUCGGCAGCUCAUCGUCAUUCCAACCUGGCAGUUCUUGGCAAAGUGAGGGACAGGCACCAUGGCGGUCCACAGAAAGAUGUCGUGGCGCAGGUACAAGAGCCUGGUGGCGAGAAAAAUGAACCCGAAGACGAGAAGCCCAUGAUCGGUUUCCGCUGUGGACGGAUGCCUUCUUCGCCACAGAAUUGGAGUUCCUUCCGCGACGCCAUGGAAUUACCUGGAAUUCCAGAUGCCAAAGAGCCAGAUGGCCCUGAAGAUGGCAUCGUGGUGCUUGAGAACGACUUGGGAGCAGCCAUUGAGGUGACGUUGGACCAAGAGUUGAAGGUGCUCUACCCACGGAAAAGUUGGAGCUUCGACAUCACCCGAGCAUCUGACAAGCUGAUGAAAGUUCACUGCAGGGAUUCCCCCAGCAUCUUCGGGACUCGGCGCGUCGAAGACAGCUCGACGCUUCGUGCAUCGGAGAGUUUCGGUUUUUUCGGCAUUGAGGUCUUUGAUUUCUUGCAAAAGGAUCGGGAGGAGGUGGAUCGAGAGAAGUCCCUGCAGCAGGAACGGAAAAAGAGAAUGGAAGGGCAACUUGAAAUUCUACACCUGAUUAUUGGUUAUGGCUGCUUCCCCCUGUUUUUCCUCUGCACAGCAGUGUUCUUGGUCGUCCUGGUGCUAUUGACGUGUUUGGACCCCGAGGACGUUGACUCCGCAGCGGUGCUGUGCUUGGGCCUGGUGCUGUCGCUGGCUGUUUUGUCCUGUUGCAGCUUCACUGCUCAGACUGCUAGUCUCAGAUGUCCAGGUCCACGUCAGAAAGUGUUGGCAUAUUAUGCACCCUUCGGCUGUUGCUUCCUGGGCAGCGUUACUGUGACGAUAGCCAUUGUGAGGUAUGUGAUGGCUGGAUUCUGGUGGACCGUGCUGGCAGCUGGGCUGCCGUGCUGUUGCAUGUCUACUUGGGCGGGUCUGGCGUGCUGGGGCGGCUCCUUCGAGGAGGCUAUCAAAGAUGCUGAGAGGUCUGAGAAGAAGUCAGUUUCCAAUCGGACCAUAGUGUUUCACGGCAAAGUUCGUCCAGGUACCGGCAGAUGUGUGUGCUCAUGGCCAGGCAAGUACGAGUCUGCUUGGGACGCCCUGGUCACAGGCAGCCGCAGUGGCGACAUUAGUGCAGCAGUGGUCUUCCUGCCCAAGGGUUCAAAGGAUUUCGGCAGCCACGACGUCAUCCCGGAAGAGGAAAGGCUACAGGGCAGCUGCUGGUGCGUUCCCCUUUAUGGGGAGCCAAAGCCGUGGGGUUGCCGUUGGUGGACAAAGUGGAUUGCAAACAUUGAAAGAGCGCAUGGGGAAGGCGCGGAAAUGGAGGUUUACUUCUUCAAGGGCAUGAAGGGUAAAGGGAAAGUUCAGGAUUUCUCAACGGCUGGUGCAGAGCAUUUGAGGCGAGAUGCCAUUCUAGCCAAGAAACAGGACUUCUUCCAUUCGCAAGCAUUUUCCAACGCAUGCCACGAAGGGAUUGAAGACCUUUCGAAAGACCCACGUGGAGACUCUUCCUCGCAGUACUCGCGCGAGGUGCAACGGCUCUUUUUGGCGUGGCUUCCAGAGGAAGAACGCCACUUCAUGGAGGCAUCUGAAGGUCUUGGGAAUUCACAGAAGGCCGAAGUAGCAUGGCUUGAACGGAAGGGCUAUGCGUACACAGAGGUGGAAGUGGACAUCUCCCAUUGGCCAAGCCACUUCUGGGAGGAGACUGCGUUGGUCCCUUACCGGUUUCUGCCAAAGUUUCACAGCAAAAUGAAUCAAUCCGAUGACUCGGUGGCACAGACUGGCAAUUCGACCAACAAACUCAGUUCAGCUGACGACGUCAAUGAAGUGCUGGCGUCUCGGCUGGUGAACGGGCAGGAGAAGAACGGUCUGAAGCGAGGUGAAGAUGGGCUCAAGGUGAACAUGAUGGCAGAGCUGCCCACUUUUUUUUUGGCGGAGGAGUUCCUGGAGUACUUUGCAUCUUGGCAGUACCAACUUGAUGGCUUCUCCAUUGGGAGCAACGACCUCACGCAGCUCACCUUGGGCUUGGACCGUGACUCAGGGCUGGUGGCCAAGUACUUCGAUGAGCGAAACCCUGCAGUGGCUUGGAGACAUUGA